AUGACAAGAAUCUGUCCACUCAUGAAAGAAUCCAAACACAGACUCAAGAAUUUCAAAGAUAGAAAGAGUAAACUCUUCAAUAGAAAGGCUGUUGAUGAUGGUACCACAGCUAGAGCCAAAGUGGUACUUGUUGAUGAGGAUUCUAAUUCAACUGUCUUAUUGCAAGAUGCUGAACAAAAUACUGAUAUCAGUACGGAUGGUAUUGUUAAUAAUAAUAAUAAUAUGAAUAUUGAUAACAAUAUUGAACUCAAUGAAGAAUGUGAUGAAGUAUUACCAUGUGGUGAUGAUGAUGAUGUUGGUAUUAUUAAUUAA